AUCCAAAAGACUAAUAAACAGAGCUAUCAGAAUAGUAUUUCUGUUUUUCACAUGAUCGGAUUUGACUAAUUAGCUGUUAUUUUAGGUUGUAAUAAGAAGCAGAAAGUUAUUGUUGAAAUCUGACCAAUUAAUUUAAAAACAUACCAGCAGUUUAGUGUACAUUUAUGAAACUACUUAGAAAUGCUAAAUUAAUUCGUAUGAAUUGAAAUGUUGAUUGCCAUCUUGAAUAAAUAGACAUAAAAAAGACAUUUAUAGCCACAAAGAACAAAUAUUAAGCUACUGGAUCAAAAAGUUGUUGGGCAGUAUUUUUCGUGAAAUUGAAAAUUUUGGUUUGCGUUUGUAUUUAACUUCAGCCGCUGAGAAACCGUUCAAUGGGAUAUUUAUCGCACCGAUCUUAAGUACGAUGGGGGGAAAAAACUACAGGCCGCUUAUACGGAUACUGGCUACUCACGUGACGCGCGUCAUUAGAACGAGACUGGACGUCAUUCUGCAUGAAGAGAAUUCGCGAAACCUUCACUAAGGACAGCGGUUAAACGUUUAUGAUGUCAGCCUAUCCCAAGAACCACAAUCCUUUCGCCGACGAUGAUGAGGAGGAUAAUGAGGUCCAGAAUUUCGGGCGCGGCAGGGGCUAUGAAGACUCCACGGACAGCCACAUGAGCGAAGCCGAGAGGCGCCAGAAGUACCUGCAGCAGGAGGUUAUGAGGACAGCGCAGUCGGCCGUCGACAGCAGCCAGCGAUCCAUAGGGCUGAUUUACGACUCGGAAAAGAUGGGGAUAGACACUGCGGAGGAACUCAAGCGCCAAGGUGAGAUUUUGAAGAGGACAGAGAGAAUGGUGGACAACAUGGACGAGGACCUGAAGACUAGUCAGCGACACAUAAACACCAUCAAGAGCGUCUGGGGAGGCUUCGUCAACUACUUCAAAGCAAAGCCAGAGCCCAGUGCAGCCCCUGAGCAGCCCAUUGCAUAUGAGCCCAGCAGCAAACUCCUGGAUGCGCUCAGUCAGAGCCAAGGGCACCAAGACGAAUACCGACAGAGUCACCUCAACAUGACCACGUCAGGGUUUGGAGCUUCUGGGAUUUCCUCUGAGGAAUCCAUAUCCAGCCAGAAUGGUUACCCCAGGAACCAGCAAUUAAGAGCUAUUCACCAACAACUGGAUGACAAUUUAGGUAUGAUCUUUGAAAGAAAAGGAUUCUAUAUCUGUCCCAUAUAUAAUGGAAAUGUCAGAAUUCCACAGUUGUGGCUAAUUGUACCUGUGCUUACUAUUCAGACAUGUUUUACAUUUUAUGUGUAAUACCUUGACUGGUCCAGUAGGGGGUGCUGUUGCACUGACAGCUCCAGGGUUGUGGGCAAGUAUUGACAUAACUG